UGUAUAGUAACACUUCUAUCUCUCUCUACCUGACAGUUGUGACCUACAUUCCAACGGGGAGAGCGAACAAGACAACGCAGCACAUUUUGUAUCUCCCUAGUCCCAUCAUUGACGACCUUCCCUCACUAUGGACUUCUCUCAGUUCAACGGCGCCGAACAAGCGCAUAUGACCAAGGUCAUUGAACGUAAGCAGAUGGCAGACUUUAUGAAACUCUACUCUGGGAUGGUCGAGAGAUGUUUCAAUGCGUGCGCUCAAGACUUUACGAGUAAAGCUUUGACAUCGAACGAGACGACCUGCGUGCAAAACUGUACCGACAAAUUCUUAAAGCAUUCCGAGCGAGUCGGUACGAGAUUCGCAGAGCACAAUGCGGAACAAGCAGGCAAGUAGGUGCCAAAGCCCACCGGAGAACAAGGUAGCAGGAAUCAUGAGAUUGCCUUAGCAUCUCGACUUUAUGCCCGCAAUGUAAUACUUCCAU